AUGGUGAAGAUUGACGACGAUUUUACACAGGCUGUCUUGAAAGAUGAGGAUAAGUAUGAAGGAAAAGACCUUGAUGCCAACAUCGCCGCAGCUCUUCCAGAAGGCGCAGAGAUAGAAUGGGUUUGCACACAUGGGGCGACGCAUUGGUCUGUGUCGACUAAAAUCGACACAAGACUCGAUGGGAAACCGACCUCGUUCUUCCUGAAGGAGUAUCGGGACGCGAAUGCAAAAGACAUGGUGAGAGCAGAAUAUGAGUCCACAGCCGCUCUGCACGAAACGGCUCCUCAGAACGUGCCGCGACCGUUAGCCUACGGAUCGUUCGCAUCGGAUCCAGAGAGAUUCUUCUACAUUCAAGCCUUCUGUGACAUGAACGACGAAUUGCCUGAUGUCGAUGAAUUCGUCGCUAUACUGGCGAAGAUACAUCAGAAGAAGUCACCGACUGGAAAAUUUGGAUUCCACAUUACCACUUUCCAGGGAAAUAUUCCGAACCACAACGAGUGGUGUGACACCUGGGAAGAAUACUUCACUCGCAACCUGAUUUCCAUAAUCGAUCUGGAGCGACAAAUCCAUGGCGCAGACCCGGAAAUGGAUGCGCUAUCUUCCGAUAUAGUGAAGAAAGUUGUGCCCCGACUCCUUCGUCCGCUUGAGACCGGAGGCAACAAGAUCGAGCCGGUCUUGAUGCAUGGUGAUAUGUGGCAUGGCAAUGUCAGUGUUGACAACGAGACGGACGAACCGAUCCUAUACGACGCGGGUAGCUUUUAUGGACAUAACGAAUACGAAGCAAAUCCGUGGCGCGCGACGCGGUACCAGUUCAAUCGGACGCAUUUGCGCGCAUACCAUAAGCUCGUGCCUGUCUCGAAGCCAGCAGAAGACCAUGACGACAGGAAUGCCCUCUACGCAGUGGCGAUUGAGGGGAUGCGGCGCCUGGUCGCGAAGUUCCCAGAUGGAUAUGAGGGCUACGUCGCCACGAGUGAGGCGAGGGGUAAACGCGAUUCUGGGAAAUUCGCCGAGGACGUAUAG